AUUGAAACAUGGCUUCCUCCAUGAAGAAGGCUGCCCACGAUAUUGAAACGCGAAAACGGACUGAUGAUGUUGUCUUGUCGGACGGUAUCGACUUCAACGCCCUGCUGUUGUCGCAGCCCGUGCUAGAUGGACUGGCGGCUUCUGGAUUCAAGAAACCGUCUCCAAUCCAGCUCAAAGCCAUUCCGUUGGGGCGAUGCGGACUCGGUAUGAUCUGGUCGUCAGCGUCUACUACAGUAGUUACAUUUUAGCUAGCUAGCUAGCCAGUAGGCAACAAUUUUAUGUUGUAACCUGCUAACUUCCUGUAUUCUAGUCUCUUUACAAGUUAGAAUUUCGAAUAGAAUCUCGUUAGAAUUUAUGCUGCGUUCAUAACCAAGUGGGAUGGUGGAAAUUACUCGUUGUGAAGUCGUAAAUACCAGUUGGAUGCAUUCACGUGCUUUGAACUCGUUGUGAAACGCUGAUUGGCUAAUGGCCAACAAGCUGUGUCAACCAUUAACUAAAAUUACAGCUAUCAUGCUAAAAAGUUAAUAGAUAGUUUUUAUAAAUAAUGUUUUGAUACAUUUAAUAACCAAAAAUUGUGGAUAAAUAAAGAUGGUUCACUUAGGCCUUUUAUCAUUGUCUCCCAUAGACACCAAUGCAUUAACAGCUGGGUCUGAUCUACCUAGUACAUUGACUUUAAUUGAACCAGAAAAAAACACCAAGUGGGGUGUCUCGCAUCCUCUUCAGUCUGAUUUAACAGCCUGAGCUGCUAUUAGGUGAUGUCAGCAUGUGGGAGAAGUCUGAUCUCAGGGAUCAUGGAUGAGUUUCCCACUAGUAGGAGUUGGAGGAGCAUUCAAGUGGAUUUAUCCCAGUGGUAUGUGGUAAAUACCACCUUCCCACUUGGUUAUGAACGCAGCAUAACUCUGGCAGUUGUCCAUUUGGUUGGUCUUUCAGUCAUCUAGAAGUGGACAAAAUAUCCACAGUAAAGUAUCAUUUAAAUCGAAUUUGUCAAAAUAGUUGUCAAAUAAAUGUAAUGUGCAUGGCUCUCAGGUGUGUUUGUCACCUGACACAUGCGCAAGUGUUUUCAUCGUUUACAAAAUAUUUACAGAUAGCUAUUUAGGACAGGAAGCUGGCAACCUACAUGCCUCAUGUCUGUGUGCUGUAUUCUAGAUCUGAUAGUGCAGGCCAAGUCUGGCACAGGGAAGACCUGUGUGUUCUCUACCAUCGCCCUGGACUCUCUGGUGAUUGAGAACACUACCACACAGGUGACUCAACUCACUCAAUUUAUUGUAAAGGAGACAUUCACUCAUUUCACAUGUCAUGGUUGAAUGUCAUCUAUGACAUCUGUUUGCUUGAAUCCAUAUUUGGACAGAUUACAGGCAAAUCUUUGACAUAGCAUGGACAUUUUGCAUUGACCAAUAUUUCCCUUCCUGUGACAGGUGCUGGUGCUAGCCCCGACCCGUGAGAUAGCGGUGCAGAUCCACUCUGUGGUGAUGGCUAUAGGCAGUGCCAUGGAGGGCCUGCAGUGUCAUGUCUUCAUUGGGGGGACGCCCGUCAGCCAGGACAAGAUCAGUCUCAAGAAGUGCCACAUCGCUGUGGGAUCACCAGGUCACUGAACCUAUACAGUUUGUUUGUCUUAUAAGUAAAUAACCAUGGCAACAGUAUCAUAUGUAUCAAACAGUACCAGUAUGAAAAAUGUAUGUUUCCAAGAUGGCAUAGCAGUGCAGUCGUGUUUUAUGUAGUGUCCUUAUGUAAAUAGCCUGUUUUUUGUUUUUUUGUCUUUUUCGUAUAUUUCUCAAUCUCACUUUCCAUCCUUUAACUAAAUAUACUUUCCUGCAAUCCGCCUCACCCAAUGUGGAACGGAUUCUGUUGUUUCUUCAUACAUUUUUAUCCAGAACCUCUGGCUGAAACUAGCCAGCUACUUGCUAUUAGCCACCGUUAGCGGUCUUCACCAUUGUCCGUGGCCGUGGCCUGCACUACCUACCAGCCAGCUCUAGCCUGGACAAUUAUCGGCCAGUCUGCACAGUCUGCACAUCGCGCUAUCGAGCCAGAGCAUAUCGGAUUUUCUGCCGGAACCACUGAAUCACUGGACCUUAACACCGGAUCAUCGCUAGCCAGCUAACUAGCUACUUGCUAUUAGCCACCGUUAGCGGUAUUCACCAUUGUCCGUGGCCGUGGCCUGCACUACCUACCAGCCAGCCAGCUCUAGCCUGGACUAUUAUUCGGCCAGUCUGCACAGCGCGUUAUCGACCCUAAACAUAUCGGUUUUUCUGCCGGAAUCACUGAACCUUUAACACCGGAUUUCAUCGCUACUAGCUAGCUGCAACUAAAUUGACGUUUGUGGUUGUCUAAUCAGCCCUGAGUUAGCCUUGAGCCAGGCCCAUCUCCCGGCUAUCUACCUCUCUGUCAACCGGACGGGAACUCCUAGUGUUGACACGGAGCCCCGCCGAUCCAACACGACUUGUCUGCCGACGAAAUCGUCUGAUGUGGUUACAACAGGCUUCCCGUUACAACGUCGACCACGAAGAUCCAUCUGCUAGCCCCGGCCCGCUAGCACACGCUAGCCGUGGCCUCUUGCUAGUGCUAUAGCAGCCCCCGAACUACCUCCGAACUAUCCUAUUGCUGUUCACCGGACCUUAUGAUAACUCAGCUAUACAGCUGAUACCUGCUGGACUGUUCCUUUAUACGGUACCGCAUCCUGUUUAUGUUUAGCCUCAGCCCAAACUUUGUCGCCAUUACCAGCUGUUGUCUUAGCUCUCUCGAAUUACACCUGUGAUUACUUUAUGCCUCUCUCCCAUGUCAACAUGCCUUGCUUAUUGCUGUUUCGGUUAUUUCUUAUUGUACUAUUUCACUGUAGAUCCCCCAGCCCAGCUAAACCUGCCUUAGAUAGCUCCUUUGGCCCACCCCCCCAUACACACGGAGACCGACUCAAUCGGUGCCUCCAGUGAUGCUAUCUCUUUCAUCGUUACCCAACGCUUAGGUUUACCUCCACUGUACUCAUAUCCUUACAUAUCCUUUUCUGUACAUAAUGCCCUGAAUCUAUUCUACAACGCCCGGAAACCUGCCCCUUUUUUUCUCUGUACCCAACGCACUAGAAGACCAGUACUUAAAGCCUUUAGCCAUAUCCUUUUUCUACUCCUCCUCUGUUCCUCUGGUGAUGUAGAGGUUAACCCAGGCCCUGUAGCCCCCAGUAUCACUCCUACUCCCCAGGCGUUAUCAUUUGUUGACUUCUGUAAUCGUAAAAGCCUUGGUUUCUUGCACGUUAACAUCCGAAGCCUCCUCCCUAAGUUUGAGUUAUUGACUGCGUUAGCACACUCCGCCAACCCUGAUGUUCUAGCAGUGUCUGAAUCUUGGCUUAGGAAGGCCACCAAAUAUUCAGAAAUGUCCAUCCCCAACUACAACAUUUUCCGUCUCGAUAGAACUGCCAAAGGGGGUGGGGUUGCAAUCUACUGUAGAGAGAGCCUGCAGAGCUCUAUCAUACUAUCCAGGUCUGUGCCCAAACAGUUUGAGCUUCUACUUCUAAAAAUCCACCUUUCCAGAAAUAAGUCUCUCACUGUUGCCGCUUGCUACAGACCCCCCUCAGCCCGAGCUGUGCCCUGGACACCAUAUGUGAACUGAUUGCCCCCCAUCUAUCCUCAGAGUUCGUACUGCUUGGUGACCUAAACUGGGAUAUGCUUAAUACCCCGGCCAACCUACAAUCUAAACUAGAUGCCCUCAAUCUCACACAAAUUAUCAACGAACCUACCAGGUACAACCCUAAAUCUGUAAACAUGGGCACCCUCAUAGAUAUCAUCCUGACAAAUUUACCCUCUAAAUACACCUCCGCUGUCUUCAAACAGGAUCUUGACGAUCACUGCCUUAUUGCCUGCGUCCGUAAUGGGUCCGCGAUCAAACGACCACCCCUCAUCACUGUCAAACGCUCCCUAAAACACUUUAGCGAGCAGGCCUUUCUAAUUGACCUGGCCUGGGUAUUCUGGAUGGAUAUUGAUCUCAUUCCGUCAGUAGAGGAUGCCUGGUUGUUCUUUAAAAGUGCUUUCCUCUCUAUCUUAAAUAAGCAUGCCCCAUUCAAAAAAUUCAGAAAUAAGAACAGAUAUAGCCCCUGGUUCUCCUCAGACUUGACUGCCCUUGACCAGCACAAAAACAUCCUGUGGCGUACUGCAUUACCAUCGAACAGUCCCCGCGAUAUGCAACUUUUCAGGGAAGUCAGGAACCAAUAUACACAAUCAGUUAGGAAAGCAAAGGCUAGCUUUUUCAAACAGAAAUGUGCAUCCUGUAGCACUAACUCCAAAAAGUUUUGGGACACUGUAAAGUCCAUGGAAAAUAAGAGCACCUCCUCCCAACUGCCCACUGCACUGAGGCUCGGAAACACUGUCACCACCGAUAAAUCUACGAUAAUCGAGAAUUUCAACAAGCAUUUUGCUACGGCUGGCCAUGCUUUCCACCUGGGUACCACUACCCCGGCCACCAGCUCUGCACCCUCCGCUGCAACUUGCCCAUACCCCCCCCCCCCUCCGCUUCUUCUUCCCCCAAAUUCAGAUAGCUGAUGUUGCGAAAGAGCAGCAAAAUAUGGACCCCUACAAAUCAGCUGGGCUAGACAAUCUGGACCCUUUCUUUCUAAAAUUAGCCGCCGAAAUUGUCGCAACCCCUAUUACUAGCCUGUUCAACCUCUCUUUCGUAGCGUCUGAGAUCCCCAGAGAUUGGAAAGCUGCCGCGGUCAUCCCCCUCUUCAAAGGGGGUGACACUCUAGAUCCAAACUGUUAUAGACCUAUAUCCAUCCUGCCCUUCGAAAGUAUUUGAAUGCCAAGUUAACAAACAGAUCACCGACCAUUUCGAAUCCCACCGUACCUUCUCCGCUAUGCAAUCCGGUUUCCGAGCUGGUCAUGGGUGCACCUCAGCCACGCUCAAGGUCCUAAACGAUAUUAUAAACGCGCUCGAUAAAAGACAGUACUGCGCAGCCGUCUUCAUCGACCUGGCCAAGGCUUUCGACUCUGUCAACCACCGCAUUCACGUCUCCUGAGUGGCGCAGUGGUCUAAGGCACUGCAUCGCAGUGCUAACUGUGCCACUAGAGAUCCUGGUUCGAAUCCAGGCUCUGUCGCAGCCGGCCGCGACCGGGAGACUCAUGAGCGGCGCACAAUUGGCCCAGCGUUGUCCAGGGUAGGGGAGGGAAUGGCCGGCAGGGAUGUAGCUCAGUUGAUAGAGCAUGGCGUUUGCAACGCCAGGGUUGUGGGUUUGAUUCCCACGGGGGGCCAGUAUAAAAAAAAAAAUAAUAAUAAUAAAAUGUAUUCACUAACGGUAAGUCGCUCUGGAUAAGAGCGUCUGCUAAAUGACUAAAAUGUAAAUGUAAUUCUUAUUGGCAGACUAAAUAGCCUUGGUUUCUCUAAUGACUGCCUCGCCUGGUUCACCAACUACUUCUCAGAUAUAGUUCAAUGUUUCAAAUCGGAGGGCCUGUUGUCUGGACCUCUGGCCGUCUCUAUGGGGGUGGCACAGGGUUCAAAUCUCGGGCCGACUAUUCUCUGUGUAUAUCAAUGAUGUCGCUCUUGCUGCUGGUGAUGCUCGGAUCCACCUCUAUUCGGACAACACCAUUUUGUAUACAUCUGGCCCUUCAUUGGACACUGUGUUAACAAACCUCCAAACGAGCUUCAACGCCAUACAACACUCCUUCCGUAGCCUCCAACUGCUCUUAAACACUAGUAAAACGAAAUGCACGUUGCUUGCACCCGCCUGCCCGACUAGAAUCACUACUCUCGGCGGGUCUGACCUAGAGUAUGUGGACAACUACAAAUACCUAGGUGUCUGGUUAGACUGUAAACUCUCCUUCCAGACUCACAUUAAGCAUCUCCAAUCCAAAGUUAAAUCUAGAAUCGGCUUCCUAUUUCGCAACAAAGCCUCCUUCACUCAUGCUGCCAAACAUGCCAUCGUAAAACUGACUAUCCUACCGAUCCUUGACUUCGGCGAUGUCAUUUACAAAAUAGCCUCCAACACUCUACUCAGCAAAUAGGAUGUAGUCUAUCACAGUGCCAUCCGUUUUGACACCAAAGCCCCAUAUACUACCCACCAUUGUGACCUGUACGCUCUUGUUGGCUGGCCCUCACUACAUAUUCGUCGCCAAACCCACUGGCUCCAGGUCAUCUAUAAAUCACUGCUAGGCAAAUCCCUGUCUUAUCUUAGCUCACUGGUCACCAUAGCAACACCCACCCGUAGUCUGCGCUCCAGCAGGUAUAUCUCACUGGUCAUCCCCAAAGCCAACACCUCCUUUGGCCGCCAUUCCUUCCAGUUCUCUGCUGCCAAUGACUGGAACGAACUGCAAAAAUCUCUGAAGCUGGAGACUCUUAUCUCCCUCACUAACUUUAAGCGUCAGUUGUCAGCAGCUUACCGAUCACUGCACCUGUACACAGCCUUUCUGAAAUUAGCCCACCCAACUACCUCAUCCCCAUAUUGUUAUUUAUUUUGCUAAUUUGCACCCCAGUAUCUCUAUUUGCACAUCAUCUUUUGCACAUCUAUCAUUCCAGUGUUAAUACGAAAUUGUAACUAUUUUGCACUAUGGCCUAUUUAUUGCCUUACCUCCAUAACUUACUACAUUCGCACACACUGUAUAUAUAUAUUUUCUGUUGUAUUUUUGACUUUAUGUUUGUUUUACCCCAUAUGUAACUCUGUUGUUUUUAUCGCACUGCUUUGCUUUAUCUUGGCCAGGUCGUAGUUGUAAAUGAGAACUUGUUCUCAACUGGCUUACCUGGUUAAAUAAAGGUGAAAUAAAAUAAAAAUAAAAUAAAAGUAUGUACUCACUAACUGUCAGUUGCUCUGGAUAAGAGCGUCUGCUAAAUGACUAAAAUGUAAAUGUAAAAAUGUAUCAUAAGUAUAAUUUCAUAUCGAUGUGUUCUUCCCUGUCCAGGACGUAUCAAGCAGCUGAUUGAGCUGGGUCUGUUGGCUACCGCCAGCAUCCGUCUGUUUGUGCUGGACGAGGCUGACAAACUACUGGAGGAAGGCAGCUUCCAGGACCAGAUCAAGUGAGAGACACACACUCACACACACACAAUGGUCUUCGCUCAACUCCACCAGACUGACGUCUGUCUGCUGUCUGUCUGUCUGUCUGUCUCUUAGAGAUCCUAUUAAAUUACUAGACCGGCUAAACCGUUAAAGAGCCUUAAUGGCCUGAAAAUGGCAGCCAAUGUGGUCAGGGAGACAUCCAAACCAGUCUAAUUGGAAUUAAUGACAGUAGAGGCAUAGGUGAUGCAUUUCCUGCUUUUACGUAUGCAGGAAAAUAAAGGAAGGCAUGUGAUAUAUCAUAAAUUAUGUAAUAUAAUUAUUGUCAACCAAAAAGAUUGUCAUCAGUCAUUCCCCUAUAUUCAGUUAGCAGUGACUUUAAAGAAAAAAUAGCAUUCAGGGAUGCUAAAACGUUUUCAGUGUAAACUUAAAUGACUAAAGACAGAUAUAAAGUAUGUAGAAAGGAUAAUGGAGCAAUAUAUUUUUUAAAUAAGAUUCUUUGAUAACUAAGAAUCACCAAAAUAAAAACUAGACAGUUGGGGACAAUCUAAAAUUCCAAAAAUAUCAUGGCAUGGGGCCCCCAUUGAUUUUGUUCUAAUUUUUUAGUUACUGGGAUAGCGUAAGAACACAGCAUAAGCCAUGGCAAAAUGUGUAGAAUUGCGGGAAAUUUAGCUUUAAAACUGCAAAUUCUCUCAGCCCAAUGGCAAAAUGUGUAGAAUUGCAGGAAAUUAGCUUUAAAACACCAACAUUUUGUGUCUGCAGCCAAAAGCUAAAAUGUUUGUUUGGAGACUGCGCUAUUGGCCACACCAAAAUGGCUGACCUUUUAUACCAUCAUAAGAAGGUUCAUGUCCAUUUAUAGUAUUCUUAAUCCUAAUUCUAUGCUCUAUCUCUCUAGUUGGAUCUUCUCCUCUCUGCCGGUCAACAAACAGAUGUUGGCCCUGUCUGCCACCUACCCAGAAUCCCUUGCCCAGCACCUGGUCCACUAUAUGAGAGAGCCCACCUUCGUCAGACUUAACCCCUCCGACCCUGGACUCAUAGGUCAGUAUCACAGCUCAACCAGUAACAUCCAGGUACAGCAGGCAUCACGUCCCAGACAGACACACAGAUGUUCCAUGAUUUUGGGUCAAGAUUAGCAACAAGAUUGUGAUGUGUGUUUAUUUCACUGAGAUGUGUAUUCUGCACCCCUCAGGGUUGAAGCAGUACUACAGGCUGGUUCACUCCCAUGCCAUGCCCCAUAAGGUGUUUGAGGAGAAGGUUCUACACCUGCUGGAGCUGUUCAGUAAAGUUCCCUUCAAUCAAGCUCUGGUGUUCUCCAACCUGCACACCAGGUAGGACCCUCACCUAGAGUGUUACUGUAACAUCAACUAGCUAUGUAAAUAACUGUCAACACAGUCAUUUGUUUUGCAGUGUAGUCACCCUAUUAGUAGUAUUAUUUUUAUUUUUUGCAUUUUUCUUUUUGUUCAAUCAUUUCUUAUUGUAUGGUUUUCAUCCCUGCAGGGCUCAGCAUUUAGCAGACAUCCUGUCCUCAAAGGGCCUUCCUGCAGUCUGUAUCUCAGGUGAGAGGGCCAGGGCCAGCAGGGGGCACUAUACUAGAGUACAUUACUCUUACUAGAUUCUACUGUGACUACUACUAGUCUACUGUCAUAAUAAAACGAAAUCAGAUGUAAUAUGCUGUAAUGUGUGUGUAGGUAGUCUGAGUCAGGACCAGAGAAUGGAGGCCAUGUCUAAACUGAAGCAGUACCAGUGUAGAGUACUCAUCUCUACUGACCUGGUGAGUGUUUCAGCUACCUCAGAUCACACCUACCUCAUCUCCACAAUAACCUCACAAAGGGCUCUCCUAACCUCACAAAUAUCCUCAAGAACAGAACAUUUCUGUAUCACUCGCUAAAAGCAGCUUCCCCCAUCUCCAUCCUCUUCUCUCCCAGACCUCCAGGGGUAUAGAUGCUGAGAAGGUGAAUCUGGUGAUCAACCUGGAUGUUCCUCAAGACUGGGAGACCUACAUGCACCGUAUAGGACGAGCCGGACGCUUUGGUGAGUUCUGCCCGUCAACACAGCCAUUACAUCCCAAUCACAGGGCUAGGACAUCGGCCUGUUCCUAGUGUCUGUAGCACUCAGUCUUUAGAUUGGCCCCAAGGUCAACAGGCUGGUUAAUCACUCAGCCGUGUUUGUGGAGGUGAUAGACAGAACCCUCUAGGUGACUACAAACUCUCUGGGUUUUCAUGACAACCUCAGGCUGGCUGGAGUGGCAUCUUUCUGUUGUCAGAACUCUUCUUUGUUUUUCCCUCUUACACACACACACCUGCUAGCUUCAUGGGUCCUCAUACUGAGUGUUUUCUCUUUUGUCCCAGGUACACACGGGCUGGCGGUGACCUACUGUUGCCAUGGCGAGGAGGAGAACAAGAUGAUGGCCAUCGCUCAGAAGUGCAACCUGAUUCUUUGCGCUCUACCAGGUAAGAUCUGGAUGUCCUUGUGACAUCUUUGUGACCUUAGUUGUGUUUUCAGUCAUUUAGAUCAGAUUGUGGGUUAUUUUUAUAAAUGGAGCAUGUGUGUUGUGUUGCUGUGUUAUUGUGAUCAAUCUCCUAACCCCAACAUCUCUCCUCCAGACCCCAUAGAGCCAGGGCUGAUGCAGGAGCCCUGUGACUGGGACAUCACUGUGGAGGCCCUGACACAAGGGACUAACUCCCAGGUGUUCCCCAAGACAGAGAAAAGGAGACGGGCUAAGACCGAAUCCCCAGCCCCUAAACCCUCCAGGGAACAGGACCAGGAUCAGGACCCCAGCCCUCUCUACCCAGAGAGAACUGAACCCAGCCGACCAGGUAAGAGCCAGCACACAGCCAGGCCUGGGGCUAAGGCUGGGCCGAAGCCCAAAAAUGUGUCCCCUGCCCUGGAUGUCCUCCUACCCGCUCCCAGGGCUUCAGUAGGCCCUGGGGCCUCCCUAGCUCUCUCCCGUAAAGAGCAACAGGAUGCCCUGCCCAAGAUCCCUCCGCUCAGCGCCUUCAAGAGUCAAAGGUCAGGGAUCAUGACCUUCCAGGAGGCAGAGCUGGACUUCCAGAGCUUCAUCAGGGAGGGGCUGGGGAGGACGGUAGAGGUCAUCCGACAGUUCAGAGGUCACGGAGACGACGGCGAGGGAUUUAACGGUCAGCACAGCUACGAGGAGUCUCACACACUCCAGAAUGACUAUGUGCCGCUCACACACACACACAUGACACGGAACGGAGAGCGUCCACCAACACGCACACAGCUGCCUCUAAAGGCGAACUCUGACCCCUCAACUUUGGAGUCGACCUCUGAUGGGUCCAGCUCUGACUCGGACAUGGAGGAAGACCGGCAGGCUGACGAGUCGACGCAGAGCUCCGCAGAUCAGUCCAGAGCAGCUGAACACAAACCAAUCAUGCCGAUUCAAACUCAAUCUGCACAGCAAUCCACAGUCGUGGAUUUGGCCAGGAAACCAAAGUUUGCGCCACCUAGAAGCCAUCCCAACUCACCAUCUGUACCCCAGCCCAGCCACCAUAGAUUCCCCAGACCAGAGGGAAGAGCUGUGAGUACAAACCCCGGGGAGGGUGAACCUUCAUUGGGGAAGGCAAAGGGCAGAGAGGCUGCAGCACAGCAGUGGAGGGGGGAGACGGCGAAGAAAGUCAAAAGGGAGAAGGAGAGAGAUAUUUUAGAGGAGAGCUGGAGGAAGGUGCCUGAGAAUCGAGGGAGUGACAGGAAGAGGGAUGGAGGGAGUGAGGUAGUGGAGGAGGAGAAUGGAGAGGGUUAUGAGGGCUACUGGAGGGCCUACUACAGAGCUUGGGAGGAUUACUACGCCUCCAUGCCCCCCUCUCACCACCAGGGUUACCAUGGCUACCACAGUAUGGCCUCCAGCUGGAUGGCUGCCUACCGUAUGAACUCUGUGUACAUGGAAGAACUGUUAAAACACUAACGCAGGGCUUCACACUUAGACCAGAGAAACUGAGUUAAACUUCUGCCAAAGACAUGAGCUAUUCUGUCCACUUAAUGUCUGCUGUUAUCAGUGAAACAAACACAAAGUUUUGAAAAGUUAAAGAUGGUUAAAACGUUAAAGAUCUCUUUGUUGGAGCAGCAAAUGGUGAACAGACAUUAAUAAUUUCUUCAGUUAUUUUAAGGCAAUCACUGAUUUCCACUUAACAAUGUUAUUUUGCUGUACAUGUGUUAAUUUCGAAUGUAAAAUAGUGGACUUAUGCUAAUAUUAUUGCAUGAUAAAUAAAUGUACUACAUGCAUUAUUAUUAUGCCUACUUGGUGUACAUGUUUAUGUAUGUACUUUUGUAAUAAAGAUACCUUUGUUCAAUA